AUGGCAGAUCAAACAGCUGAGGAAGUUAUUGCAGAGAUUAACAAGGAGCUCAUGGAUGCUUACAGAUCGGAGGAAGCUUUUUGGAAGCAAAGAAGCAGACUGCUUUGGCUGACUUUGGGUGAUAAGAAUACAGGGUUUUUCCAUGCUGUUUCCAAAGGACGAAAGGCGCGGAACAGACUAACAGUGAUGGAAAAUGCGCAUGGAGAAGCUGUUUAUGAAGAAGAACUCAUUGCAGUAGAGAUAGCUCGGUACUUCAAGGAUAUCUUCACCACUACAAGCACAGAUGUAGGAGAAGUGAUAUCACGAGCUCUUUCUCGCAAAAUCACAGACGAGACUAACGCCACCCUCACCUCCAUUCCGUCAGCAAAAGAGAUAAAAAAGGCCCUCUUUGCGAUCCACCCCGAUAAGGCGCCGGGACCCGACGGCUUCUCGGCUUCUUUCUUUCAAGCAAAUUGGGAUGCAGUUGGGCCAGCCAUUGUGGCCGAGGUUCGUGAGUUCUUUAUCACAGGAAGCAUGCCGGCGAGGAUCAACAGGACACACAUGAGACUCAUACUGAAAGGACAGAAUGCGAUUAAAGUGGCAGAUUUUCGCCCCAUCGCACUUUGCAACGUCUACUAUAAGAUCAUAUCGAAACUUCUCUCUCUUCGACUACGACCUGUCCUCAGUGGGAUAAUAUCCGAGAACCAAUCCGCUUUCUUACCGGGUAGAGCAAUUGCGGAUAAUGUUCUUAUUACCCACGAGAUACUCCAUUAUCUCAAGACGUCGGACGCAAAGAAACACUGUUACAUGGCGGUGAAGACAGAUAUGAGCAAAGCUUAUGACCGCUUGGAGUGGAACUUUAUCCAAAAGUGUAUCUCAACGGUCUCCUACUCCUUUCUAGUGAACGACACAGCACUAGGAGAGGUUAUACCAUCCCGAGGUAUCCGACAAGGAGACCCCCUCUCCCCUUAUGUAUUGAUACUCUGUGGGGAGGUUUUGUCGGGACUAUGCAGAGCGGGACAGACGAGUGGAGCUCUAACUGGAGUAAAGAUUGGACACCGAUGUCCUCUGAUCAAUCAUCUCCUCUUUGCCGAUGAUACGAUGAUCUUCACCAAAGCUUCGACGGAAAAUUGCUCUGCCCUUACACUGAUCCUUAAAGAUUAUGAGAAAGCCUCGGGUCAGCUCAUCAAUGCUACCAAGUCAUCCAUCUCCUUCUCAUCGAAAACACCACGGGAGACUCGAGCCCGAGUCAAAUUACUCCUUGGUAUCGAAAAAGAAGGUGGAACAGGUAAAUAUCUUGGACUACCAGAGCUUUUCUCGAGAAGGAAACGCGACCUCUUCUCGUCCAUAGUAGACAGGAUCAAACUCCGAGCCGCAGCAUGGUCCACUUGUCGCCUCUCCUCUGCCGGAAAGCUCACUAUGCUAAAAUCAGUACUUACCGCAGUACCUACUUUUUCUAUGUCAUGCUUCCUUCUCCUGGUGGGGCUCUGUGACCAGAUUCAAUCAGCUCUCACCCGUUUCUGGUGGGAUCAUGAUCCCUCAACAAGAAACAUAUGCUGGGUGGCCUGGGACAACCUUACGCAGCAUAAGGAUGUUGGUGGCUUAGGUCUUCGGGAUAUACAAGAUUUCAACGUCGCCAUGCUUGCAAAGAACGCUUGGCGCAUCCUCACCAACCCGGAGUGUCUCCUAGCACGACUGCUUAUAGGAAAGUACUGUCACAGCUCUAGCUUCCUCUCAGCUCCUUGCCCAUCCUCCGCUUCUCACGAAUGGAGAGGCGUGGUAGCAGGAUGUCAGUUGCUACAACUGCAACUAGGAAAAGCCAUAGGCAAUGGGAAUUCUACUAAGGUUUGGUCAGACUCAUGGAUCAGCUCAACCUCUCGCACCAUUCCUUUUGGGCCACCGACGGAAGCAAGCAGGGAUCUCUUCGUCUCAGACCUCCUCAUAAGAGGUUCUGAUGAAUGGAAUCACACAAUGGUGGAAUCAACUCACCCCACCCUGGUGCAGGAUAUCUAUCUCAUUAAACCGAGUAUCUAUAUGGUAGAGGAUACUUAUGUUUGGCUAAAGACUAAAACAGGAUCUUACAGUGUCAAAUCUGGUUACUACGCCUUACGAGAAGCUGCCACAGACCAACGAGCCAUACAACCUCCGCACGAAACUUUCAACUGGCAAAAGCUUGUUUGGAAAUUACCGACGUCUCCAAAGCUUAAACUCUUCUUGUGGAAACUAUGUCGAGGAGCUCUUGCUUUGGGCACAAACCUUCAGGUAAGGGGAAUUGAUACGAAUGGAGCCUGCCCUCACUGCGCUGAACCGGAGACAGCGUUGCAUCUAUUCUUUCUAUGCCCUUUUGCACGACAAGCCUGGGACCUUCCUCCAUUAUCCUCACGCCCAGAUUUCUCCACAGCGGUUUCACUCCAUGACUGCUUUGAGCUCAUAGCAACACCGGCGCGUACCGUGGUGGGGAAGGCAGUGUCAUCAGCUCGCGAAUGGCUUCUGGCUCAGACAUCAGAACCGAUAGCGAAGACACAUACUACCCACGACUUAGCGAUACCACCCACUGAGGUAGAGGUGGUCUUAUGCAACACAGACGCCGCGUGGUCUGUAUCCAAACAAGCCGGGCUAGGGUGGUGCUUUGAGAAGACAACACAAGGUUUCUACUCGGAAGGCUCAAAGGCGAUUAACCACAUAUCCUCUCCCCUCAUGGCGGAAGCGCUGGCUAUGAGGGAGGCACUACAGGAAGCAAACCGCACAUCUCUCCUCAACGUCUGGUUUCGAACCGACUCACAAGAGCUCGCUAGAGCUAUAAACUCGAAGUCAUAUCCGGUGGAGCUUUUCGGAGUUCUCAUGGAUAUCGAGUUUCUAUCCUUGUCUUUCUCUUACAUUUGCUUUUCUUUCAUUGGUCGCGAACACAAUGGGAUGGCAGACUCGAUUGCGAAGUCUGCUCUUCACCGUCAUGUCUCGAUCUUGUACUGA